CGCGGGCGAGCGGGUGGGCCGGGGCAGGGCGGGCAUGGCGCGGACCCCGGGCCCGGCCCCGUUGUGUCCCGGAGGCGGCAAAGCACAACUUUCCUCGGCUUCUCCUCCCGCGGCCGGGCUGCUGCUGCUGCUGCCGGCCCCGACGCCGCCGCCGCUGCUGCUGCUGCUCAUUCCCCUGCUGCUCUUCUCCCGGCUCUGUGGUGCCUUAGCUGGAUCAAUUAUCGUGGAGCCACAUGUCACAGCAGUGUGGGGAAAGAAUGUUUCAUUGAAGUGUCUAAUUGAAGUGAAUGAAACUAUAACACAGAUUUCCUGGGAGAAGAUACAUGGCAAAAGUACACAGACUGUUGCAGUUCAUCAUCCUCAGUACGGGUUCUCUGUUCAAGGAGACUAUCAGGGAAGGAUCUUGUUUAAAAACUAUUCACUUCAUGAUGCAACGAUUACUCUGCAUAACAUAGGCUUCUCAGAUUCUGGGAAAUACAUAUGCAAAGCUGUUACAUUCCCACUUGGAAAUGCUCAGUCCUCUACAACUGUGACUGUGUUAGUGGAACCUACGGUGAGCCUGAUCAAAGGGCCAGAUUCUUUAAUUGAUGGAGGAAAUGAAACAGUAGCAGCCAUUUGUAUAGCAGCCACUGGCAAGCCAGUCGCACAUAUUGACUGGGAAGGUGAUCUUGGUGAAAUGGAAUCUACCACAACCUCCUUUCCCAAUGAAACAGCAACGAUUGUCAGCCAGUACAAGCUGUUUCCCACGAGAUUUGCUAGAGGAAGGCGAAUUACUUGUGUCGUAAAACAUCCAGCCUUAGAAAAGGACAUCCGAUACUCUUUCAUACUAGACAUACAGUAUGCUCCUGAAGUUUCAGUUACAGGAUAUGAUGGAAAUUGGUUUGUGGGAAGAAAAGGUGUUAACCUCAAGUGCAAUGCUGAUGCCAAUCCUCCGCCCUUCAAGUCCGUGUGGAGCAGGUUGGAUGGACAGUGGCCUGAUGGUUUAUUGGCUUCUGAUAAUACUCUUCAUUUUGUCCAUCCACUGACUUUCAAUUAUUCUGGCGUUUAUGUCUGUAAAGUGACAAAUUCCCUUGGUCAAAGAAGUGAUCAAAAGAUCAUCUACAUUUCAGACAUCCCACUUAAGCAGACCUCAUCCAUAGCAGUGGCUGGAGCUGUGAUUGGAGCUGUCUUGGCGCUCUUCAUCAUUGCUGUCUUUGUGACUGUGCUGCUAACACCGCGGAAGAAGAGACCAUCAUAUCUUGACAAAGUAAUCGACCUUCCACCUACACAGAAGCCACCCCCUGUGUAUGAAGAACGAGUUCCUCCUCUGCCUCAGAAAGGCCUUCUGUGUCAGACUGAACACUUGCCUUUGCAGACUCAGUUCAAAGAGAAAGGCGCUGGUGGUCUUCAGUCCUCUAAUGGACUAAAUAGCAGGAGAUUUGACUAUGAAGAUGAGAACACAGUACAAGAGGAUGGAGCUCAGGAGAUGUACCCCCUCUACAACCAGAUGUGUUACCAAGACCGAAGCCCCCACAAACAUCACUCAAGCAACCCCGAGAGACUCUACAUCAACCCACGAGAACAUUAUGUGUGAUUUUCCUCUUGUUGUAAUGGGUGUUCUAACAAAUGUUUAUUCUUAGACUUGAGAGAGAAACUGAGGCAUCUAAACAGUUUCAGGCUGAGUGAGUCGGAACUCUUGAUGAAUGACUCUGAGCUAAUAGUGGUUUUCUUAACUUCAUUAAGGGUUUCUUAACCGCCAGCUGUGUUUGUGAACUUGCCUGUAGCUUUGCAUCUCUGUAACUCUAGUGUUUAACUACUAACACUUGGCCUACAAUGGCGUGUUCUUUUGAAAUCACGGCAUCUGCCUGUGAUGACUGCAGGGAAAGGCCCCAGCUGCUGGCCGCCACUCUGCUCGGGUCUCAGGCAGUGCUCGGCUGUAAUUUAAACAGGUGGGAAACCGAGCUCCAAAUCCAGCUCACUAAUUAUUAAGCUGGGAUUUCGAUUUCCCUAGCAUCUCAGUACGAUUACAAUAGCUGUGUCCAGAGGCCGAGGGAAGAGGCGGGCUCUCCUCUCUCCAAACAAUAUAACAAAAGCAGUGAGAGCCUCCAAGCCUCUGGGUGCUGGUGAAGCAGUAUUAGUGCUAAGUGUCCUUCCUGGCCAUGGGCCCCAGGGGCUCCACAGGGCCCUCUGCCUUCUGUCCCCUCGUGACUAGCUGUGCUACAGAGUCUUCUCCCUUGUCCUUGGAGCUGCGCCUGUUUUCCCACCUACUAAUCCUAAAAUCCCUGCGGAAAUGGGCUACAGUCCUGUUAGUCUCGCUCUUUUCCUCUGACCUGACAAGCUCACCUUUCCCACCAGUCUCCCUCCACACAGGCUUCAGCUAGCUCCUCCUCUGCACUCUUUCCUUUUCUUCCAUGUCUUAUCUACCUCAAGAAACAAACAGAAAGCCUGCUGAAGGUCACCCUGCAAUAACUCCCACUCUUAAAAGCCAGGUGGAAAACUGAAAAACUGUUUUUGUAAAGCUACUUCAAUAUGACGUGUUUGCUAAAUCUGCAUGUUCUCUAUUCCUCCUCCCCACAUCACCUGGUGAACAAGCCUCUAGAGAUCAUACAAAGUGAAUAAGACAGUAGCCUCUCUGCCUAGGUAAAUGGCUACACCGCGAUGCUGUUAUACCUGUUCAUGUCUGCCCGGAGUCCUGUCGUCUCCCUCUGCCAGCUGUCUAUCACUGAGACUGACAGUGGUCACAGAAAGAAACGUAAAGGCCAAAGGAUCAUGGGCACAUCUUAAGGAUAAUGUCGCUUUACUGUGUAUCCUGGAUGAUCAGAGCAUGUCACAGGCAUUAAAAAAUAAAAUACUAUGUACGUGUUAA